AUGCAAAUGACAAAUGAUGGAGAUCGAAAAGCGCAUAUAGUGAUAACUGCUCAUACACAUAUUCGUACGGUUGAUUUUCCCGAGGUGAGCAACGUCUGUGUAAAAUUGGCUGCUGUCGCACCGGGAGACUGGAAAAUUGUCAGCGGCGAGCAAACCGCUUUAUCGGCUUUCUCGUACCGCGGCGGUGCUCACAAAAUGAAUAUUGAUUUGUCCCAUUCCAACACUUUUCGAAGCACAUCCGCUCAUAUGUGGCCGCGUUACGUUAUUACGUGUUUUACAAGAGAUCGAGCUGGUGACGAUUCUCUUACGGGCUAUGGGACCUUAUUUUUGCCGUCGACUUCAGGAAGGCAUACCCUGAAAGUGUUCUGCUACAUCCCGGAACCAUCAUCAAUGAUACAAAGAAUCAUGGCUCGAUUUCGCGGAUUAAUGGUUGAACUUGUAAAUCCCAUGAUGCCAGCAUUUGCAGAUGGUCGAUUCGGUGAGAAAAUUAGAUUUGAUACUCAAACUUAA